CUUUGUUUAAAAUGGGAGAUAAUUCGUGAUUGCGGAAAUCACACUACGCCUCUUAUGAAAAAAUAGAUGCUUCGAAAACCUAAUCUACACCCAAUGUUUCUUACCAGGCUGUAAACAUCCCAUAUAUAUACAGGUAGUCUUUAACCAGGUAAGAUGGCGUCAAUAUUGGACCAAUAUGAGGAAGAGUCAGCUCGACAAGCUUCUGGAAUCAGGCAGUCACCUGCACAGAGUCUACAAGAACCGAUCGGUGUUGGUUUCAUUGAUGCCCGUCUAGAAACAGAAUCACCAAUUUUCAACAAGAAAAAGGUCAACUUUAAGCCGCCAGACAUCAUCACCCAUCUGGACGUGUGCAACAACUUCCUGGUGAUGGUGAUGAGCUCCAACAUCAUGCUGCGGCUGGACCUGGAGCACCCUGACAACCCUGACGAGGUAGAGAUCCCACGUGCCGUGGAUGACAAGGUUCACAAGAUCUUCCUGGACCCCACGGGGAAGCACCUGAUCAUCAGCAUGAAGUGUGGGGACAACUACUACCUCUCCAGGAACUCCAAGAAACCAAAACCUAUUGCCAAACUCAAGGGUCACCUGAUCGACUCUGUGGGGUGGAACUGGCAGAAUGCUAACGAGGCAACCACCAGCGCUAUACUGCUAGGCACAAGCAAAGGCAUAAUAUUUGAGACAGAGCUCACAGCCAAUGAGGACAGUCGUUUCUUCCAGGGCAGCCUGGACCAGUACCUGAGACAAUUAAAGCUUGCAACGAAACCUCACGAGAUGUUCAACUUGGGCAGAGAGAAGGCUCAGUCAGUGACAAGUCUUCAGUUUGACCGUCUUCCGUCGACUACGAUGACGGAAUACCGCUACUACAUUCUUGCCACUACUCCAGGUCGUCUGUACCAGUUUAUCGGGACGGUGUCCACAUCUGCUGAGCCUCCGAUGUUCAUGUCCCUCUUCCAACAGUAUGAGACAGGCGUGGAAACAGUGCAGUUUCUUGAGUUACCAGGGGACUUUGGUUACAGUGAGCUACAUCUGUUCUUCCCCAAGUUCCGCCAGGCAGCUACAAAGUUUGCCUGGAUGACAGGACCUGGUAUUUACUAUGGAGAUAUCGAUGUCACGGGAGCAGCAGGACCUAACUCAGUUUUGUCCAAUGCUAAACUCAUGCCCUACCCGAAGGAGGUGGACGAGAAGCCAGCACCCCCCAUAUCAAUGCUGCUCACGGAAUUCCAUGUACUCAUCCUCUACCCAGACAGAUUAAAAGCUGUGUGUGUGCUGAACGAGCAACUUAUUUAUGAUGAUGUAUAUGUGGAGAGGUUUGGUAGGCUGCUGGGCUGCUGCAAGGAUCCAAUCCGUGGUCAGGUCUGGACCUAUACAACCACCAGUGUGUUCAAGUACAAGAUCGUGAAGGAGGCACGGGAUGUAUGGCAGAUGUACCUGGACAAGGGGCAGUUCGAACUGGCCAGGGAAUACUGCAAGGAUAACCCAUCUCAGUUGGACAAGGUGUUAACCAAGCAGGCCGAGUACCUCUUCGAAAACAGAAAAUAUGAAGCUAGUGCUGCCAUGUAUGCAGAAACACAGAAUUCAUUUGAAGAGAUCGCUCUCAAGUUUAUCCGACUUCCACAGAAAGAAGCCCUCAAAACUUUUGUACAGAAAAAACUAUCUGCUUUACGACCAAGUGACAAGACACAGAUGACGAUGCUGGUGACGUGGCUGAUCGAGCUGUACCUCAACCAGCUAGGGGAGCUGAAGGAGCAGGGCAUGGACGACUCCGAGGACUACAUGCGCAUCCAGGAACAGUUCCGAAAGUUCCUCGGACAGACCAGGGUCAAGGAGACAGCCUCCAACAACCGUGGGGUUGUCUACGACCUGAUCGCUAGUCAUGGUGAUGUGGAGGACAUGGUGUUCUUUGCUGUAUUAAUGAAAGACUACGAGAGAGUCAUCAGCCAUCACAUCCAGCAUGAGAACUACAAAGGUGCUCUGGACGUGUUGAAGAAACAGAGUGAGGUUGAGCUGUACUACAAGUUCUCUCCCCUGCUGAUGCAGUAUACGCCAAAGGAAACAGUGGAUGCCUGGAUGACCCAACACAAGUACCUUGACCCCAAACAGCUUAUCCCCGCUCUGGUGCAGUACGACCAUCACAAAUACAGGGAACAGGGUAAUGAAGCUAUCCGGUACCUGGAGUUCUGUGUGCACAAGCUGGGCAACAAGGACAGCCCCAUACACAACUACCUUCUGUCCCUGUACGCCAAGCUGCAGUCAGACCAACUCAUGACCUACCUCAACCUGCAAGGGGAGGAUGUUGAUGAUGUGAGUUACGACCUGAAGUAUGCACUGCGCCUUUGUUCCGAGUAUGGCCACAAGAGGGCGUGUGUGCAUGUGUACUCACUCAUGGGAUUGUACGAGGAGGCAGUAGACAUGGCACUCUCUGUUGAUGUUGAGCUGGCAAAGACGCAGGCAGACAAACCUGACGAGGAUGACAUAGAACUGAGGAAGAAGCUCUGGCUGCGGAUAGCUCGACAUGUUGUGGAGGAAGAGAAGGACAUCAAACGUGCCAUGGACUUCCUACACGAAUGUGACCUCCUCAAGAUUGAGGACAUCUUGCCAUUCUUUCCCGACUUUGUCACCAUUGACCAUUUUAAGGAUGCCAUCAUCACAUCACUGCACGAGUACAACGACCACAUCAAGUCACUGAAGGACGAGAUGGAGGAGGCUACCCAGAGUGCUGAGGAGAUCAGGAAGGAAAUCCAGAGCUUCAGAAACAAAUAUGCCUUUGUGAAAGCCGAAGACAAGUGUUCCUCUUGCAGCUACCCACUGAUGGUGAGGGCGUUCUACCUGUUCCCAUGCCAGCACAAGUUCCACAUGGACUGUCUGAUUGCAGAUGUGCUGCCCAGUUUGUCGGGGUCCAAGAAGUCCAAGGUUGACCAGUUACAGAGGAAGCUCGCGGAGAGGGACGAGGCGGUUCCAUACAGGAAGUCCACAUCAGCAGCACAGAUCGGGGUCAAUAGAGAUGCGGAGGUGAAGGCGGAGUUGGACGACUUGGUGGCUUCGGAGUGCAUAUAUUGCGGAGACUUCAUGAUCAGGUGUAUCGAUAAGCCCUUUAUUGAAGAUGAUGAAUGGAAGUCAGCUGAAGUGGAAUGGGAGUAAAGUCAUGUGACAUGCUAAACCAAUCAGCUUAAGUAACAUCAGUCAGCAAUGCUCAUGAUGGUGAACGACAGUGUUGUGACCAAUGUACAUAUAGAAUCCACACUUGGCAAACAACAUACAUGUAUUUGUGAAGAUACCAAAAGCAAGCAUUACAAUGAGAGUGAUAAGCUUGUUUGAGCUGUCUGUCAGCUGUCAUUGUAAAUGAUCUGUAGAUCUUGGAUUGGUCUUUGGAAAAUGGCCUUGACAUAAUCUCACAUUAAUCUGAAAUUUGAUCGAGGCCAGGACAAAUGCUUGCUUAUUAUUCCAACAAAGUAAUGAAUUUACUUGUCCAUUGUGUGCAUUAAAUAACUUAGUGAUUAUGAAACAUUCACAUACAGUAACACCCCUGUAUAUUCUUGAUGGUACCAUUCCCAGUGAAAUUACCAGAUUAACAAAUGGUUCCUAUUGAGUAGUGUCCUUUGUUUGUACAUGUAGACAUUCCUGACAGAAUCAUCAGGCAAGAUUAUUUUCUCUGUGAUGAGACGGGUUUCACUGAAGUGGUAAACAUCUGAGACCUGCAUCACUUCGGGCUUUCCUCCCACAUUAAGCUGACACGCCGCGAUAUAACUGGAAUACUGUUAAAAGCUGCGCUAAACCCAACUCACUCACUCACUGGAAAUGUAGAGUCAUAAAGUGCUUGAAUGUUUCAUCUAUUGAUUUGCUUCAAGGCACACACCAACUAAAUAUAUUAUUUUCUGAAGGAUCAGUAAUGGGAGACUGAACCAGUUUAUUCUUGUAACAACACAUGAAUAAUUAUUGUACAGGAAUCAUGUGAAAUCAUUACAUAGUUGCAGCAUAAGUUGUACAUAAAUAUAUGUAAUAUAUCGAUGUGAAUAAAGCUGUUCUGUGUAUAUGUGCUUGACGCAGCUACAACAAUGAAAUGAACAAAAUAAACAUGAUAAAUCCUGAACUAUUAAGUC